CGGCUGCCAUUGGCUUAGCGGCCUCAUCCGGGCACUUGGCGCAACGCUGUUGCUCAGCUCGAUCGUCCCAAUAUGGCGGAGGCUUCCUUUGGGAGUUCGAGCCCAGUUGGCUCUUUAUCGUCUGAGGAUCAUGACUUUGACCCUUCUGCUGAAAUGCUGGUACAUGAUUAUGAUGAUGAGCGAACUCUCGACGAAGAGGAGGAAAUGAUGGAAGAAAACAAAAAUUUCAGCUCUGAAAUUGAAGAUUUAGAAAAGGAAGGAAACAUGCCGUUGGAAGAUUUACUGGCAUUCUAUGGCUAUGAACCUGCAAUUCCAGUUAUGGCUGGUUCCAGUGUGGAUAGCUCUCCAAGUGAACUUGCAGAUGAGCUUCCAGAUAUGACUCUAGAUAAAGAGGAGAUAGCUAAAGACCUCUUGUCAGGUGAUGAUGAAGAAACACAGUCCUCUGCUGAUGACUUGACACCAUCAGUUACUUCACAUGAGGCUACCGACUUCUUUCCUCGGCCAUUAAGAUCAAACACUACAUGUGAUGGAGAUAAGGAAUCAGAUGGUGAAGACAUAGAGGCAGACAAUGGUAAUUCAUCUGAAGAUUUGAGAAAGGAAAUAAUGGUUGGUUCACAGUAUCAGGCUGAAAUUCCACCUUACCUUGGCAGAUACAGUGAUAAUGAAAAGGCCUAUGAAAAUGAAGACCAUUUACUGUGGAAACCUGAUGUGAUCUCAGAAAGUAAAGUUAAAGAAUACCUUUUUGAAACCUCCUUAAGAGCAGGAAAUGAAAAUACAAUUGGCAGGAUUCCUGAAGGACUACAUACACGGGACAAUGAACAAGCACUAUAUGAACUUCUCAAAAGUAGCCAUAAUGUUAAAGAAGCAAUUGAGAGAUACUGCUCAGAUGGAAAGGCAUCUCAGGAAGAGAUGACAGCAUGGACAGAAGAAGAAUGCAGAAGCUUUGAAAAUGCACUUCUGAUUUAUGGAAAAGACUUUCAUCUCAUACAGAAAAACAAGGUAAGAACCAGAACAGUUGCUGAGUGUGUGGCUUUCUAUUACAUGUGGAAAAAGUCAGAACGUUAUGAUUACUUUGCUCAGCAAACAAGAUUUGGAAAGAAGAGAUAUAACCAUCAUCCUGGAGUUACGGACUACAUGGAUCGUUUGGUAGAUGAAGCAGAAGCCCUUGGUGGAGCAGUACAUACUUCAGCCUUAACAUCUAAUACUCGAACAGAAAGCAUUCCUGAUCAACAGCUAAGUAUUCUGAACUCUAUCACUGCCAAUGAGUUGACAGCAUUGACAAACAGUGUAGCUACAGUCUGCCACACUUCAGAUGUGAGUUGCCUUGACGAUGCCUUCCCUCCUAUGGACAGCUUACCCCGAGCAGCAGUUAAUCAUGUGCCUGUUGGAACAGAAGAAUUACUUAACUUGCCUAGCAAUGGUGAAAGUGAUUGUUUUAAUUUAUUUGAGACUGGCUUUUAUCCCUCAGAGCUAAACCCAAUGAACAUGUGCAGUGAGGAGACAGAAAGACCUGCGAAGAGAUUGAAAAUGGGAAUUGCUGUCCCAGAAUCUUUCAUGAAUGAUGUCUCAGUAAAUAACCUUGGUGUGGACUUUGAGAACCACACGCACCAUAUUACCAGUGCCAAAAUGGCUGUUUCGGUGGCUGACUUCAGCAGUCUAUCUGCAAAUGAGACAAAUGGCUUUAUAAACACCCAUGCUCUUCACCAACAUACUGCCCUUCACUCAGAAUGA